CAUUGUCCCUACAGCUGUUACUAUACAAAAAUGUCCAAUUUGCGGCGCCAGGUGCUUAGUGCUUUUAAGAAGCUCCAUCGCACUCGGCAAUAUGUAUUUCAAGGGGACAUUAAUGCUCUGGUGGCAGGACGAAUAAAAAUAAACGAGUCUUUUCUGCAAAACCGCAAUGAAACCAGUGAGGAUGAGAUUCAGAAGAUGAUUAAACUUGCGCAGGACGUGGAUCUGGAGCUGCGCACCAAUGUGAUCCAAGCUGAGAAAAAGGAGGAUGGUGUUUAUGAACUGAGGAUUACACCGGAGACUACGCGCCUGGACAAUGUAGUCUUCAAUCCCGAUGCAGUCAUAGAAAAACCGCGCAGACGACGGGGCGAUAAGAACACGGAUGGCUGCUGCGGGGGAGCAGCGAUGGCGGCACUGGAAUCCGAGAUUCAGGCCCAAAACAAAUAAAGCCAAAAAAUUUUUUAGUUGAA